GUUUUAUCUUCGCAAUUUCUCUCGUUUCUGUAGUACCUCUUUCUUAUUUUAUUGGGAUGGCAGUAGCUUCUAUUUCUGCACAAUCCUCAGCUGGUCUUGGUGCUGUGGUCAAUGCCACUUUUGGUAGUAUUAUAGAAAUCAUUUUAUAUUCAAUUGCAUUGACUUUAGGAGAAGGUAAACUUGCCGAAGGCAGUAUUAUUGGGAGUUUAUUGUGUGGUGUACUCCUUCUGCCUGGUUUGAGCAUGAUUAGUGGAGGAUUAAAACGCAAAGAGCAAAAAUUUAAUGCUAAGAGCGCAGAACCUGAACAAUCCAUAUACAGACGACUUGUUCCCCUUCAUAUAUUACAGCAAUUACUGCCACACCAUUCAACACAAGAUAGUCCAGUUGGUACUACACAUUCAGCUCGUCCCACGUCAGCACCUGACCCAAGUACAGAUAUUAAUCAUAAUUCACCUUUAAACGAUCGCAACAUUCAUUUGGAUACAAUCGCAGCAGCAGUAUCUUUUGCAGAAACGAGAGAAAUUGCGAAGAUAAAACCUUUUGAG